UAUCACGUGAUGUUUAUAAUUGUUUCAUAGUGUCAACGAAUUGAAAAAUCGUCCGCAAGAAUACACUAUAUAUAUAUAUAUAUAUAUAUAUAUAUAUCUCCAAAGGUCUUGUAGGUUAGGAAAUGUACAAUUCAACAAGGUCAUAUAUGGCUUCUCUUUCCCCUCCUACCACCGCCUACUCAACCACCACCACCACCACCACCACCACCACCACAUCCUCCGCAUUGUCAUCUUUCCCAUUCUUUAGCAAGAAGUCACAAAUCUCAAUAAAGAAGCGUAGUAACCGACGUCCCUCUAAAGUGUCAUGCAAAGCCACAGAUGGUGACCAAAACCCUAGUACUAGCUCCGAAAGUGGUGCUGAAACUUCGUCAGGGAAGUUUGAUAGGAGGAAUGUGCUUGUAGGUUUAGGAGGGCUCUACGGUGCCACGACUCUCGGUGCUCAGGGUCCCCUAGCAUACGCUGAUCCGGUGUCAGGACCGGACUUAUCAAAAUGUGGCGCGGCAGACUUGCCUGAAGGUGCAGCGCCCGUAAAUUGCUGCCCGCCAUAUACCUCAAAAAUAAAAAAAUACAAGCUUCCACCGCGAACUAAUGCCAUGCGCGUUAGGCCGGCUGCUCAUUUGGCGAACAAGGCAUACAUAGCCAAGUACAAUAAGGCUAUUGAGCUCAUGAAAGCCCUUCCUGCAGAUGAUCCACGCAGUUUCAUGCAACAAGCUGAUGUUCACUGUGCUUAUUGUGAUGGAGCUUACGACCAAGUUGGGUUUCCAGACCUUGAGCUUCAAGUACACGAGUCAUGGCUCUUCUUGCCUUUUCAUAGAUGGUACCUCUACUUCUAUGAAAGGAUCUUGGGGAAAUUGAUCAAUGACCCCACUUUCGCUUUGCCAUUUUGGAAUUAUGAUGCUCCUGGUGGCAUGCAAUUGCCAGCACUGUAUGCUAACUCUAAAUCACCAAUCUAUGAUCCUCUCCGUGACGCAAAACACCAGCCACCAACCAUGAUUGAUCUUGAUUACAACGGUACCGAUGAAACCACAACAGCCGAACAACAAUUGUCCACCAAUCUCUCCGUCAUGUACCGUCAAGUAGUGUCCUCUGCCACCACGGCUAAGCUUUUUAUGGGCAACCCAUACCGUGCGGGUGAUGAUCCUGAACCCGGACAAGGCACACUAGAGACCACCCCGCACGGUCCAGUCCAUCGAUGGACGGGUGACCGUUCGCAGCCCAAUGGAGAGAAUAUGGGGAACUUCUACUCGGCCGCAAGAGACCCUAUAUUCUUUUGUCAUCACUCUAAUGUUGACCGAUUGUGGAUCAUAUGGAAAUCCUUGGGAGGAAAACGCAAGGACUUCACCGAUCCAGAUUUUCUAAACGCUGAGUUUCUCUUCUACGACGAAAAUAAGGAGCUUGUGAGUGUGAAAGUUGAGGAUUGUCUGGACCAGAAGAAUCUCGGGUAUGUUUACCAGGAAGUGGACAUUCCAUGGCUGAAAAAGCGUUCAACGCCUGGUGCUAAGAACGCUAGCAAAAAGAAGAGCAAGGCUGGCGUGGCGAAUGCGGCCGAGACAUCCAGCGUUAGUGAAGUUUUUCCGACGAGUCUAAACAGAGUGGUGAGAGUUAAGGUUCCGAGGCCGAAAAAGUCUAGGAGCGCCAAAGAGAAAGAAGAAGAGGAGGAGAUAUUGGUUGUAUAUGGGAUAGAGUUGUUGAAAGAUGUGUAUGUGAAGUUUGAUGUUUAUAUUAACGACGAAGAUGAUGCGACUACGAUCAGGCCGGACAGGAGUGAGUUUGCCGGGAGUUUUGUGAAUGUGCCGCAUAAGAAUUCGAAGAAGAAGACGGCAACGACAUGCUUGAGGUUGGGGAUAAGUGAGUUGCUGGAGGAUGUGGGAGCUGAAGAUGAUGAUGAGGUGGUUGUGACUUUGGUGCCCAAGAAUGGAAAAGAUCUAGUUACCAUUGGUGGUAUCAAGAUUGAGUUUGAUUCUUGAAUCAAUUCGAUCAUCAACAAUAUGUCCCUCUUAAUAUAAUAUUAACUUUGAUAAUAAUUUUUACUUCUUAUUUUGGUUAGUUAAGAGUACUCUAGUACAAUUAGAACAAGCGGUACAACUCGCUUCUGUAGUACGGUACUACAUGUUUCUAUAUCUAUCAAUUUGAUCCAUCUAAGUUUUUUUAAUUUUAAUUUUACUAUUUUUGUACUAGUACAAUGGUAAUGAAAAAGAGAGGCUAUUUGUAUGAUUUUA